UAAUGGGUCGAAAUCCCGAGGAGUGAUAGCGCUCAGCUGACGACCCAGGCCCUGGGAAAUAGCACUUUUUGGCAUACUUUUCUCUAUUUCCGCUGGUUACCAGUGCCAACCGUGAAGAGAGCGGCGACCGGGCAGAGUUCCGAAAAGGGCGUGAGCUGUCCGCCCUGUUGCUCUUUGAGUGGCGAAGAGAAGCAGCAGCUGCAGGCGGUCCAGUUAUAACAGGUCUAGACAGCCAAAUAGGACCUGGCUAGGCGUUUGUAGUGAUGGUAGGAAGGCGAUUUGCCUUUUGGGGGUCACGCCUGCCCAAGUCCGGCAGUCCCGGACCAAUAAGUAACCCUCCGGCUCAUCUGCGGUCAGGAAGAGCCGCCUAGACCAAGUGCAGAUGUAAAACAGUGGCUCACGAGUUCAACAAAUGGUGCAACAAUGGAAUUUCAUGAUAACGAUACUGAAAAUGUUUCAAAUGGACAAUCUAGUAACCAGCGACAAUGCCAAGGUUGUGGACGUGUGUUUAAAUCCGAAAAAGGGCGGAAGAUCCACCAGACAAAGAUGAAGUGCGGUCGCAUUGUGACAGACAUUCAACGCUCAGUGCAAACUGAUAAGUCAGCGGUUAAUGAGGGCCUGGAGCUCAACCACAGUGCCCUUACAGAAGCUGUAGUGGAUGAAGCAAAGGACCGCGUUCACAGAACAAGGCAGAUUGGAAAAGCAUGGAGGAGGACCUAGUUCCAGCCAUUGGCAUGCUUAGAGGAAAGCCUGUGAGAAGAAUGGAGAAUUUCUCCAAGAUGGUGUGUGAGUAUGGAAGAUCAAGAUUUGGUGUAAUUAAGCGGAAGGUGCAGAAGAAGAUGGAAGAAAAGGAUCAGAUCAAUAGGCGAAGGAGGAAAAUCAAAGAGUUAAGGAAAGAAGUACAGCGGUUACGGAGGGCAAAGAGAGAGGCAAGUGGGGAAAAGGUGGUAGCAAUCGAUGAGUUGGUAAAUCUGGCAAGAAAUGGUAUUAGCAACUUGGCGAAGGCAGAGAGGAAAGCAGUGAGGCGUAGAGAAUCUAGGAAGGCCUGAAAGGACUUCACAGAGGACCCCUUCAAGUUUACAAAGGUUUUCGCAGAGAAGACAAGUGGGACCCUGAAGAUACCAAGACAGCAGCUUGAGGAAGCCUUGAUGACGACCUAUGCUGAUCCAAACAGGAAUAUCCAAGUAGAGAGUAUAGAUGGCCUUAAUAGACCACAAGAACCUGAAGUGCCUUUCGACCUGUGUAGGAUACGGCUAUGUGAAGUACAGCUGGUCGUUAGGAAAGCCAGAGCAAAGGCAGCCGGAGGCCCAAAUGGGAUCACGUAUGCAGUGUACAAGAACUGUCUGGAGCUGACAAAGUGUCUCUGGAAAUUGCUUGCGAGUGUUUGGGAGUCUGGUGAGAUACCCAACAGUUGGUGCAUUGCUGAUGGAAUUUACAUACCAAAGGAGGACGCUGUGUCUCUUGGUCAAUUCAGACCAAUAUCUUUGUUAAAUGUUGAGGGCAAGAUCUUCUUCACGGUGCUUGCAAAGAGACUAACCCAAUUUCUGCUGGCUAAUAGCCUUAUCAAUACCAGCAGAAAGCGGGUAUUCCUGGUUUUCCAGGUUGCCUUGAGCAUGUGUCUAUGAUCUGGAAUAGGAUAAUGCAAGAAAAGAAUGUAAAGAAGGAGCUCCAUGUGAUAUGGUUGGAUUUGGCCAACGCCUAUGGUUCUGUCCCACAUAGAAUGAUUCGGUUCGCUUUGGAUUUCUUCCACGUCCCAGGAAAGUUGCAGCAGGCAGUUGAGAAGUACUUCGGAAAAUUUAAGUUUCGGUUUACGAUGGAGGAGUUCACGACUAAAUUCAUGCGACUGGAGAAAGGUAUUGCAAUGGGAUGUGCAAUAUCACCUGUCUUGUUCAUUUUAGUGAUGGAAGUGAUUAUAAGAAGCUGUGGUGGUGAUGAGUACCAGCUAAAGGCCUUUAUGGACGACCUGACAGUUCUAGAAGCGGAGGAAUGGAGAGCCAAGAAGUUGGUGGAGCGGUUACAAGAGUUAGUGACAUGGUCAGGCAUGGUGUUUAAAGCUAAGAAGAGCAGGUAUCUUACGCUACGGGCUGGGAAAGUUGUUGACGAAGUUUUCAUGGUUGAAGGUGAACAAAUUCCGUCAGAUGGAACAGGGUCCAAGCAGCACAGCUCCAGCACAAAAAAAGAAAAUUGGAAGACCCAACAAUGCCUACAUCUUAGCAGGUGACAAAUGCUGUGAGGCCAUUGAGGAGAGGAAUGACAAGGUGUUUGAAAAGGUGGAUCCUCUGUUCACAAAUCCUUGUGAUUCAAGAAUCAUCGGAUGUUUCAGAGUGAAAAAGAGAGACUGUUUAAUGAAGCUGUUGCCAGAACGUGAACUCACAACACAGGCUGUGAUGAUUGAGGAGAGACAGACACAAACAAAUGUUUUCUUGACGGUCCUACAUGAUUUUUAGGUUUUUAACUUGGCUUUUUACCUUUUUUAUACCUUGACUUGACUGUGAAUGUUUUUGAUGCUGUGUACUGUAUAUAUGUAGAAUUGAAUAACAACUGCAUUAUAUAAACACCUGACACAGUCUUUGGAAAUUCAAUUUGUAACAUAUAUAGGGCUCUUUUUCUAUGCUAAUUUUGCCUUUUUUUUAAUUAACAGAUGAGUUUCACUGUGGUUGAGUUUAUGGAUAGUGCAAUGGCAGUGGUGCCAUCCACAUGGCUGGAGACGACUGCUCAAUGCUCGUGGACAAACGUGAACGUCCGUAAGCGGGUGAUGAACCUUGCUGCGCUCAACAUCAGCUGGGCGAAACAUCCUAUUAGGAAAGUAUGGCACACAACAGACAACUACGAGCUGGCAGACAAGAAAUGUCUGCAAUACAUGGAGAAUUCAUGCCCAGAGACUGAUGAUGGCACAGCCAAUAAUGGAAAAAGAGUGCGCAGGCCUCCCCGGACAUAUUCCUCCAGUGAGGAUGAGUCGCCUCCACAGCCAAGGAAGCAGGCCAGGACUGUGGUUCCAUGUGAAAACCCAGUGGAUCUACACAUGCCUCCACCACCAUCAUCUAAGCUUUUUUCCAAUGUGCCAACGCCUCCCAGCUGUGUAGCCGCCAGUCCCUCAACCCAUGCACCCAGCCGUCGGACAUUGGAAGACUCAUAUAUUGAGGAACAAACAUCAUCCCAGGCAGUUGAGGGAAUGACCCAUGGCGAAGAGGAGGGGGCUUCAGGCAUGGCUGUCCUAAUAAAGCAUAAUCAUGGAGGAAACGAAGAGGCUCCUAUUGAGAACAACAGAUGAUUUAAAAAGUACAAUGGAAGAGCACAUGGGGCGUAUGACAAGGAGGAUGGAGGGUAUGGAGAAGAAGUCUGAGAUGUUGGAGGCUGCUGUGGUCUCAAACCAGCCUCAGCCUCCUCUGCAGGAAGAGGUGCUGUUG